GAUAGAAGAUGGUGAGUUAAGACUACACGCCACACACAAGAAUUGUAUACAGAAAAGAGAAAGUGUAAUUAAGUAUAUUCUUCCCCAUUAUAUCUCUCACCUUCAUCCAACCUCAAUAUACACUGAUCUCCAUUUCCAGAUCCCCAAGAACACAGCUCCAACAAAAAGUACUUUUAGCAACACUCUCUUAUAAAUUUUCCCUUUAUCUCACUAGCUAUCUCUCUCUCUCUCUAUAUAUAUAUAUAUAUAUUUCUCACUAGCUCUUUCACAUAUACUCUUUUCUCUCUCUAUCUCCUCUCCAAUUCAUACAUCAAGAUUCAAGAAUCAAACACCAUCUUCCUUGAAAAUGAAUCCUGAGGAAGAGGGAGGGAGUAAUAAGAGAAAGAAGAGAGUGAUGGGAAGAGGGAAGAUAGAGAUAAAGAAGAUAGAGAAUCAGACAGCGAGGCAAGUGACCUUCUCCAAGAGAAGAAAUGGUCUUAUCAAGAAGACUCGUGAGCUCGCUAUUCUCUGUGACGCUCACAUCGGUCUCAUAGUCUUCUCGGCCACCGGAAAGCUCUCCGAGUUCUGCUCUGAAAACAACAAGAUGCCUCAGCUCAUUGAUCGAUACUUGCAGACCAAUGGAUUGCGACUUCCUGAUCAUCAGGACGACCAGGCGCAAUUGUACCAUGAGAUGGAAGCACUAAGAAGAGAGAUAUGUAACCUUGAGCUCCAUCUGCGUCCAUAUCAAGGACAUGACUUAGCCUCCAUUCCUCCUCAUGAGCUUGACGGACUCGAGCGACAGCUGGAACAUUCUGUCCUCAAAGUCCGUGAGCGUAAGAAUGAGUUGAUGCAGCAACAGUUGGAGAAUCUAAGCAGAAAGAAGCGGAUGUUAGAAGAAGAUAACGAUAACAUGUGCCGUUGGCUACAUGAGCAUCGUGCAGCGAUUGAGUUUCAACAAGCUGGGAUAGAGACCAAACCAGGGGAGUAUGUACAGUUUCUAGAACAGCUUCAGUACUAUAACAAUGAUCAUCAG